AUGGCUGCCUUUCUGCCUCGUGGAUAUCGCUCCGUCACCGAAUACCGCUUCCGCGAGGACCAGACCGACGCCAUUGUUCGAGCCGCUGCCUACCAUCGCAAAGACUACUGUCGCUCCGUUAUAUGGUUCUCGCCUCGCGAACACGUCGGCAUUCGUCCGUCGAUAGCAACACCCUUCCCGCGGACUCCUGACACGGGACUCGGCUCCCUCUGUCGGCUACCCCUCGAGCUCUUGCAUGACGUAUUAUUACAUCUGGACAUACGCUCUCUCUUCAACUUUCGGCAAGUAAAUCUCAGUUCGAGACAGACUGUAGACUCUCUCCAUCAAUAUCAGAUGGUGGUCUCGCAUGGACUUAACCUGCUCUGCGCCUUGUUACGAACACGACUCGCCAUCGGCAUUUCUCUGCUCGACUUUUACCACGCACUGUGUACCAAGGCUUGCACUCUUUGCGGCGAAUUUGGCGGGUUCGUAUCCCUCCUGACCUGGACUCGAUGCUGUUUUGCAUGCCUCCAAGGCGCUCUGGAAACCCAAGUGCAAACCCUUGCCGGUAUCCGGAAGCAAUUCCACUUGACCAAGGCCGAAUUGGGACGACUGAGGUCGUUCAAAACUUUACCUGGCAUCUAUUCGAUGGAGGAGUCCGUACACAAAUCUCGUAUUACGGUUGUCUCUGUUCAUCAGGCCAAAUUGGUUUCCGGACAGCAACCACAUGCAGCGGCGGCGCAGGCACAGCCGGCGAACUGGGGACGAAAUCGAAAGUUCAACUUUAUGGGGGCAUGCGCACUUCCUUAUUAUGAUAGACGAACCGGUAGAGUCGAGUACGAAAUGUCGUGUGCUGGGUGUCAACUCGCUCUCGAAAAAGACAUCAUCGGCUCCAGGGGUGAGAAAUGGGCAUUCGAGGCUCGCGACAAGGUAUAUGCGCAAGAUUCCUUUUUGGAACAUUUCCGAUGGUGUGAACAGGCUCAGAUCCUGUGGAGAUCGAGCGCUGAAGGCAAGAGCCAGCCAGCCGAGCUACCGGAGGCUGCUCGGAGAGGAGGGUUCUUCAACAAUCGAGAAUGA